AUGGCCGGGCUCCUGCCGCUGCUGCUGCUGCUGCUGCUCCCUGUGCAUCCCACCUGGAGCUCCAAGAACAACUGCUCCACCAAGAUGUACACAGCCAGUGGGGAAUGCUGCAAAGCCUGCAACCUGGGAGAGGGGAUGGUGCAGCCCUGUGGGGUCAACCAGACUGUCUGUGAGCCCUGCCUGGACAGUGUCACCUUCUCGGACACGGUGAGCGCCACGGAGCCGUGCAAGCCCUGCACGCAGUGCGUGGGGCUGCAGAGGAUGUCGGCUCCCUGCGUGGAGUCGGAUGACGCCGUCUGCCACUGCACCUACGGCUACUACCAGGACGAGCCCAGCGGCAGCUGCAGGGAGUGCAGCGUCUGCGAGGUGGGCUUCGGCCUCAUGUUCCCCUGCCAGGACUCGCAGGACACGGUCUGCGAGGAGUGUCCCGAGGGCACCUUCUCCAGCGAAGCCAACUUCGUGGAUCCCUGCCUGCCCUGCACCACCUGCGAGGACAACGAGGUGCUGGUGAAGGAGUGCACGCCGGUCUCGGAUGCCGAAUGCAGAGACCUCCACCCUCGCUGGACAACCCACACCCCAUCUCUGGUGGGUUCUGACAGCCCUGAGCCCAUCACCAGGGACCCCUUCAACACUGAAGUGAUGCCCAGCACCCUGGCAGACACUGGCACCACCAUCAUGGGCAGCUCCCAGCCCGUCGUGAGCCGUGGCACUGCUGACAACCUCAUCCCUGUCUACUGCUCCAUCCUGGCAGCUGUGGUGGUGGGGCUGGUGGCCUACAUCGCCUUCAAAAGGUGGAACAGCUGCAAACAGAACAAGCAAGGAGCCAACAACCGCCCUGUGAACCAGACCCCUUCCCCAGAGGGGGAGAAGCUGCACAGUGACAGUGGCAUCUCAGUGGACAGCCAGAGCCUGCACGACCAGCAGCCACCCAACCAGGGCACCCAGGGGCCAGCACCCAAAGGAGAGGGGAACCUCUACGUCACCCUGCCCCCCAGCAAGCAGGAAGAGGUGGAGAAGCUGCUGAGCAGCUCUGCAGAGGACACCUGGAGGAAGCUGGCCGGGGAGCUGGGCUACAAAGAGGACCUGAUAGACUCCUUCAGCAGGGAGGAAUCCCCUGCCCGGGCUCUCCUGGCCGACUGGUCCUCCAAGGACUCCGCCACCCUGGAGGCGCUGCUGGCCGCCCUGCGCAAGAUCCAGCGCGGGGACAUCGCCGAGAGCCUGCACAGCGACUCCACCGCCACCUCUCCCGUCUGA